AUGGAUAUUCCCAGCGGCUUACCACCAACCCUAACACCGACCAGGUACGAACCACCACCACCUCCACCAGCAGCGACAAAAACAUACACAUGGCGCGAAUGGCGUGAUUGGUUAGUCAAGGACGUGCCGAAAGAUAUAAGAAGGAAAGUCACCGACGCAUACAGAAUAUUUAAAAACAAGGUUUUAAGUCUGUACGGUAAGCAACCAACGGUAAAAUCAACAUUAGUCUCUAGUGCUAUCGAAAAGAAUACCGCUAAAUGGAUGAUACCCGGUGAUGAGUUCAAAGAUCCUUGGGUUUUCUUAAACAGCGCAAGAUCUGAAGUGGAAAAGAUCGUCAACGAUGUUGAAGGUGCAAAGAAAGUAUAUCUGGUAUUAACCUGCGAACUCGUAAAAGAAGACUCAAAAACCAAACAGAAAACAUACACAACAUUCCACGGAAGAAGUAAUACUCACACAAUCACAGUUAACAUCAGCGGAGAGUAUGAAAAAAUGCGCGAAAAAGUGUUAGAAAGUCUCGCGAAAUUCCAGAAGAAUGGUAGUGGUUGGAGAUUACACAAAGUGGAAAAGUUAGAAGUGUCUGUCACAAA